GUUGACAGGACUUGUUGGCCGGCAGAGAGAGACAACGGGAGAAUAACGGGAACUGGAUCGGUUUGGAAAUUAAAGCAAACAGAGGGAAACGUGGCCGAGAGUGGGAGCUGCGACACAAACUAAAGAGGCUGGGAUCGUCUUCUUCCACUUCCUGGCAUCUGCAGAUGGAGGAGUAGCUGUUGGGAGAGAGGGAUGAAGAUGCUCUCCACGUUCCUCCUGGACCUGCUGAUCCAACCUGAGAGAGUUUAACAGUGCUUUUUCAAAACAAGACUGUAAAAAAAAAGUUGCCUACACACAUCUUUUUAUCACACUUGCUACCACUUUUUAUAGACAGACGGUUAUUAUCAGUUUAUUGAAAUCAUGGCAAACAUGUGCCCAUAUGGCCGCUUCACCCACGCCGUGGUGCGGGGCAUCCCAGAGACCUUUGGAAAAGCAGCAGGAGACAGUCGUGAGAACGGGGAGACCUCGGUGGACCUGGCCAAAGCUCAGCGUCAGUUUGGUUGCCUGACAGGAGCCCUGAGGCAGAAGGUGGGCCUGCAGCUGAUCGAGAUCCCCCCUGACCCUGAGCUGCCAGAGAGCUGGAGGAUAGAGGAUGUGGCAGUCAUCCAGGGAGACACGGCGCUCAUCACCAGGCCCUUCAAACAGCAGAGACGCAGCGAGGUGGAGGCAGUCAGGAGGGUGGUGUCAGAGCUGAACCUGACUGUGGUGGAGAUGGGGGGCGAGGAGGGGGACUCCGGAGGGGCCACGCUGGAGGGCAGCGACGUACUCUUCACGGGGAGGGAGUUCUUUGUCGGCAUCUCGUCCCACACCACCCACAGAGGGGCAGAAGUGCUGGCAGACACUUUCAGGGACUUUGCUGUGUCCACCGUCCCCGUCUGUGGCGGAGCCCGACUGAGAAACAUCUGCUCCAUGGGAGGUCCAGAUACCAUCAUCAUCAGCAACAGUGACGGGGCCAAAAAGACACUGCGGAUGAUGGAGCAGCUGACUGAUCACCACUAUGAAGUUCUCACUGUUCCAGAGGAAUCCGCAGCAAACUGCAUCUACAUCAAAGGGCCGUCCAAACUCAACUUCCUGCUCCACCGGCCUGCAGAGGAAUGUCCUGACAGUGUCUCUGCUUUCCAGAAGCUCCAGGACUACACCCUCCUGCCGACAGCCUGCAGUGAGGCCGCCAAACUGGGAGCAUCUCUGUCCUCGCUCUGCCUCCUCAUCAACAGAAAGCACACGUAUUUCUGAAAACACACCGCAGGGGUUUACCUGCACGUGCUCAUGGCGGGGUGAACAGUGACCACAUCGCAGAUACACUUUCCACAAAUUAAGAUUUUUUUUGUGUAUUUAUUCCUAAGGAAAAUCACUGACUCACAGCAUCUGUAUGAGAAAAUGAUCCAACUGGUAACAUCUGUUAACUGACUUAAUGUAGCUGAUUGUUGGCACCGCUGCCCCCCCUGCUGAACGAACAGUGUAGCACACUGAUAUCCACACACAACUCAAACAACUUGGGGAAGUGUGAUGCAUUCACCUGAGAAAAUAACUGCUCUGUUUUAAAAAUGACAGCAGAAUUUCUUUCCAUUAAAAGUUUUUUUAAAAAUAUUUUUCUUUUAUUUUUAAAUUCAGAAAGUAGCAAAAAAGGUUUCUCAAGUGAAUGCAUCAGACUUCAGAAAUAACCGUCCAUGAAACCACUAAAUUCAAACUGUAGUUUCUCACUGUUAAACUUAUGACGACUUUUCCAGUUUCUGCAGAUAGCCACUGAGCUGACAGAUCACUUUGACUGAAACUGGUAGAAAUGUGAAAAAGAGACAAUGUUGGUACCAAAGUCAAGAUUUUUAAGCUGUUUUAAUACCACAGAAUGCAAUUUGAAAGAAUACUUCACCCACAGAAUGAUCAUUGUGUUAUCGAUUACUCGCUUGUGUUGCACUGAAUUUGUAAAGAACACUUUUUCUCAUGUCUCUAUGGUGAACGGAGAAUCCAGAAAAGGUGAAUACAUCAAAACAUCUGUUAACUCUUACACAACUCGUGCAGUAUAAUCCAAGUCUAUCCAGUUGUGUGCUCAGUACUUCCCAAACACAUUCAUUUUCAAUAGAACGCUUUAAUUGGAGAAGUCUCAUGCAUGGGUUUGAAGGCUGUUUCAAGUGAGCUCAUACAUGUGUGCACUCGUAGGAUGUUGGUAGCUAGUAGGGUGUGCUAGUUGUAAUCAAAAGUGUUUUAAAUGUUUGGGAAGUACUGAGUAUAUCUAUGACUGGAUAACUAAGACUUGGAUUAUACUUACUGAGUUGUGUGUCUGUUAACUGAUGUUUUGAUACAGUUUUACUGUUGUUAAAUGUGGCCCCAGAUAACUUAAAAUUCUUGAAUUAUUUUCCCCUUUUUGGAUUCUUCAUUCAGUGUAAAUUUCUUCACUGAUUCAAGGUAACACUUGGCAAGUAAUUAAUAUACAAAUGCUAAUUUUGCAGGUGAAGUGUUUUAUAAUGUUUCAAGUGUAAAGAAAAACCAGUAUUGAUAUGGCCAAUAAUUUUAAAUUUUUACUACUUCCUGGCAGUCUUAUAUGUAAUUUAUGUCACCUGGACAUGUAGCAUAUUGAAUUGACUGAUUCAUGUAAAGGUGGAGUCAGCAGUUUUAAUAGAAUACACUGUCAAAUUUAGCCAGUAACUCCUCACACUCUGCUGUCUGUGCUUAACAAAUUUCUGGUGUUCCCCUCUUGCAAACUCCGCCUUUUGUAACUAACAUUACUGCUUACAGCAAGCUGCAGAAAAAAACUUUUGGAUACCACUUAAGGAAAGUGAAUUCAGUGUUUUUGAAGACUUGCAGAUAUCCUGUGGUACUCAAAUUCAUGUUUGCAGAUUGAUGACAAUGUACAUCUCUUCUGUCCACAAUACAACAGGUUGGUAUCUGUUUCACUACUCUUUAAGUCACUAUACUGACAAGUUUUAAUUCCAGGACAUGUAGCUGCUAAGAAUAGAAAUGCAGAGUUUUUAAAAUAACUUUUAGCUUUCUUAUGUGUGAAUUUGUAGCAAGUGUAGUGAUGCCAAUAAAAUUCAAGUGACAACUUAAA